AUUGCUCACAAUUACGCCUAAGAAUGUCACGAUGGCGGUACGGCGCGUCACUUGACGAACUUGCCGGCUUUUGCACCGAAAAGUACGACCACCGCCCUCUCAUCAUUUGACCCCAACCAUGCAAGUCGGGGAAAUAAUCAUUAUAACACAAAUUAAGCGGUAGGUCUGUGCGCAGUUCUUAUUUUAUCGCGUAGGACUGCGAAAAUGGCAUACAACAUCAUGAUGGUCUCAUUGGUGCAAUGCUAUUCCGAGUCAACAAUAGCUCCUUCCCACCUGAACUUGGAACUUCUCCGAGCAGUGGCACCCUUCGUUCCCAGCGUCAGAAGUCAAGACGGUGUUACCACCCCAAACAUCAUUUGACUCGCUUUUACUUUCAUCAAUCGUCAUAUGGUCAGUACCGUGGGCAGCAAUCCCAAUAUACGGCUGACGUACAUCUGAAGGUAGAAUCGACGUCCGUGCACGCGACUGGAAAAUCGCAGUCGCCCCGGGACUUUAUCCGUUCUGUACGUACUGUCAGUCGGAUCAGACACCACCAAUCUUCCGUGUUUUGGAUUUUGUCAAUUUGGGCGUUCGUUUGCUGUGCACUCCAUUACCUAAGCAGAUCCGGUUCUAACAGAAAGCUGCGCCAAGAAGCUUUACAAGACCUCGUCCUACCCUCCGCUAGCAAGCAGCAUUUCUAUUACUCACUUUCUUUUCUUGCCUUAAGCCGGCCGCGCCGCAGCUUUGAUACCUUGUUAACACAAGGUAUGACAAUAUUUAUGUCUUCCUUGUAUGCUGAUGGUUUUUCUCGAUUUGGCUUCCUGAACGUCAUGGCCGUAAACAACAUCAGCCGUACAAUAUUUCGCAAGUCAACGUUAAUACUUAGGAGCGGCCUCAUCAUAUUUCGUAGCAAAGUUGUGCUCUAAACCAGGCGCCGAUAUUCACUCAGUUUCCCCCGUGCAAAAAGACAAGACGACGUGAUUGUUCUAUAACGCCUUGUCAAAGACGCGUGCCUCUUGUGUCUUUGAGCGCCAUUUUGAUGUCCGACCUUAAGUAACUUCUUUGCACUUCUGACUACGCGACUCGUAUAAAAAACUGAUAAUUUUUGUGUCAUCUGUUGACAUUAAUAUUCUUUUCGUAAAGUGCUCCGCUCACCUGGUGGAGUUAUCAAAGGCCCGA